AUGCGUGUCUCUACUUUCUUGGGAGCUCUCGCUCUUGCCGCUGCCGUCAACGGAUUGCCCGUAGCCCCAGCCGCUGACAUUGCUGGAUCUCACUUGACCGCACGUCAAAUCCCUCAACUUGAUAACAUCAGCAAUAUCGUCACGGGUAUAACUGGCGGCAUCACUGGAUUUAUCAAUGCCUUCAAAACCAUUGGAUCCGCUUUCGGUGGUAUUGGUACGACGCAGCCGAUAGCACCACAAGCCCCAGCAUCUCCUCAGGCUCCAGCCUCUCCUCAAGCUCCAGCUACUCCUCAAUUCCCCCAACAACCCGUCGCGCCACAGCUGCCGCCACAGACUUUCCCUAUUCAGCCCAACACUGGUAGCCCUAUCGGUAUCCAAGGCCCUCGUGUUUAA